AUGGAGAAGCUAGAGGUGACCCGUCAUCCGGCGCUAUUGCUAAUUACCUAUUCUGCCUUCUACUCGGCUGUAUUUGUACUCGGCUUCCUUGGCAAUACAUUCGUUGUGUUGGCCGUUAUUCUGCAUCCACAACUGCGUUCAUCCACCGAUUAUCUUAUUUCAUCGCUGGCCACUGCUGACUUAUUAAUUAUAUUGUUUUGCCUUCCAACAACUUUGCUCAACAACCUUUUAACAGGGAACCUCAUAUCGAACUCUUCCAACAUUUCGCUGCCUUGUAAAGACGAGGGCGCGUCCUACGGUAAAGUCGAUAACGCAGCUGCGUGA